GCGUUUUGCUUGAGGGUGUUAAGUGAUAGAGGGCAGGACUUAAUUUAGGCUAUCACACAUCAUAACAUAAUAUGACUUGUUAGUCAAUUUAAAUUUUGUUAAACCGCAGUAACCAAUAGACCACACAGCCUAAAUGAUAGUCAAAAAGAAGAGCUUUAACAAUGUUAAUAUAUUGGUUAAUGUUUAAUAGGGAGCACUUUACAAUAAGGUGCUAUUUGUUAGCAAUUAGUUGAUGCAUUAGCUAAAAUGAACUAACAAUGAACAAUACUAAUACAGCAUUUAUUAAAGUUAAAUUAUGUUAAUUUCAGCAUUUACUAAUACAUUAUUAAAAUCAAACAUAGUCACUGUUAACAUUAGUUAAUGCACAAUGAACUAACAUGAAUAACUGUAUUGACAUACACUUACAUUAACAAGGAUUAAUAAAUACUGAAAAACCAAAUUGUUCAUUGUUAGCUAAUGUAACAAACUGUUAAUAAAAUACUAUUUUAUAUUAAAACUAAGGACUGCAAGUGAAUAGUUCGUUUUCAAAAACAGAUAACUCAGUUUAUUUAAUUUUCAAAAAUGUUUUUCUUGUGCACUCCAGGUAAUAUUACUCAAACUGCGGUUGGGUUGUUUUGUUUAAGUAAUAAUAACCAAGCAUACAGCUAACUAACAUAAUAAAACAUAAUAACACAAUAAAAAAACAAGACUUGGGAAGUUUCUUUAAAACUGAGUUAUCUGUUUUUUCAACAAAAAAUAACUCUUCAAGUCAAUAAUUGCAUCAAACAGGACUAUGAUACCACAAUCAUAAAAAAAAGUAUUCAAAUGGACGUCACUUUUGACCUUAAACACACGCCGCUCAUUCAGCACUGUCAUGGCCUAAUGAUUAGAGAGUCGGACUUGUGACCAGAAUUUUGGCGUUUCAAUUCUCAGGGCCGGCAGGUAACGACUGAGGUGCCCUGGAGCAAGGCACCUUACCUACACUUGCUCCCCAGGCGCUGUAGUGAUAGCUGCCCUCUGCUCAGGAUGUGUGUGUGUUCACUACUCACUGGAUGGGUAAAAUGCAGAGGUCAAAUUACGGGCAAUGGUGAGGACCAACCGAGCCACCGUAGGAGGAUUUUUUCUGGCUGGCAGAAGUAUGGUGUGGUGGCCGAUUGGAGCUUCACUCUUUGCGAGUAACAUUGGAAGUGGCCAUUUUGUAGGAAUAGCAGGAACUGGAGCUGCUGCUGGUAUUGCCAUUGGAGGGUUUGAGUGGAACGCUCUUGUUGUCGUGAUAAUUCUGGGAUGGCUCUUUGUGCCCGUGUACAUAAAGGCCGGGGUGGUGACCAUGCCCGAAUAUCUGAAGAAACGGUUUGGCGGGCAGCGUAUCCGUAUCUACCUCUCUGUGCUAUCCCUGUGUCUCUAUGUGUUCACCAAAAUCUCUGCAGAUAUGUUUGCGGGAGCCAUUUUUAUAAAUCAGGCUUUGGGACUCAACAUUUAUCUGGCUGUGUUUCUUUUGCUGCUCAUCACAGCACUGUAUACAGUAACAGGUGGACUAGCUGCAGUGAUCUAUACAGACACCCUACAGACCAUCAUCAUGGUUGUGGGAUCAUUUAUUCUUAUGGGUUUUGCGUUCGAUAAGGUUGGAGGCUACGAGAACUUUAAGGAUCAGUACAUGAACGCGAUCCCGUCGGUGAUCAACCCAAACAUCAGUUCACAGUGCUACACGCCCCGCGCAGACUCAUUUCACAUUUUCAGAGACCCCAUCAAGGGAGAUCUGCCCUGGCCUGGGCUCAUUUUCGGUCUCACUAUCCAGGCUGCUUGGUACUGGUGCACCGAUCAGGUGAUCGUGCAGCGCUGUCUAUCCGCCAAGAACUUGUCUCACGUUAAAGCUGGUUGCAUCUUGUGUGGUUAUCUCAAACUUCUGCCCAUGUUUCUUAUGGUUUUCCCUGGCAUGAUCAGCCGAGUCUUGUACACAGAUGUGAUUGCGUGUGUGGAUCCAGAAGAGUGUCAGCGCUAUUGUGGAACCAGUGUGGGCUGCACUAAUAUUGCUUAUCCCAAACUGGUGGUGGACUUGAUGCCAAAUGGUCUCAGAGGAUUGAUGCUAUCCGUCAUGCUGGCCUCUUUGAUGAGUUCUCUCACCUCCAUCUUCAACAGCGCCAGUACUCUCUUCACCAUGGACAUCUACACCAAAAUGCGGCCCAAGGCCAAAGAAAAGGAGCUCAUGAUCGCUGGCAGGUUAUUUAUGCUGGUUCUUAUAGGCGUGAGUAUUGCAUGGAUCCCAAUUGUGCAGUCAGCACAGAGCGGGCAGCUCUUUGACUACAUUCAGUCCAUUACCAGUUAUUUGGCUCCACCCAUUGCUGCCGUCUUCACACUGGCCAUUUUCUGCAAGCGAGUCAAUGAAGCAGGUGCUUUCUAUGGGUUGUGUUUUGGCCUGUUGGUGGGUCUUUCACGCAUGAUAACUGAGUUCGCCUACGGCACCGGCAGCUGCGUGCAGCCCAGUAAAUGUCCUGCCAUCAUUUGCGGUGUGCACUACCUCUAUUUUGCCAUCAUACUCUUCGCUGUAUCCUGUGUUGCCAUAUUAGCCAUCUCCCUUAUGACCAAACCUAUUGAUGACAAGCACCUGUACAGGCUUUGUUGGAGUUUGAGGAACAGCACUGAAGAAAGAAUCGAUCUGGAAGUUGAUGACUGGACUGGAGAUCAAGACUCAAGCUCUAUGGAAACUGAAGAGGAACGUGAGGAACCGGGCUGUUUCAAGAAAGCGUACAACUGGUUCUGUGGAUUUGAUCAGGGCGAAGCCCCUAAACUGACUAAAGAGGAAGAGGCGGAGCUAAAGAUGAAGCUCACCGAUACGUCAGAGAAACCUAUAUGGAGAAACGUGGUAAAUGCUAAUGCCAUCAUACUCCUCGCCGUCUGCGUCUUUUUCCAUGGCUUCUUUGGUUAAAAAGUCCAAAAAAAAUUCAAAAUGUCUGUACAGACAGAUAAUAAAUUAUAUUGUUGCUAUAGAUUCAUUUACAUUGUUUUGAGCUUGACUUUGGUUGUAGACCGACGGCUAAAAUGGUUCAUCAUGUCCUAGAUGUUUUUUCUCAAAGCCACAACAAAUUGUACUUAGCUGCUCAAGUCCCUUGUUUAAGAUGUCUGCCAUUUACUAGCAAUAAACUAAAAUAUAGAUUAAAGAACUACACAAAUAUGCUGUAAACUCGUGUUAUGAUCAAAUCAAACUGUUUGCAAGCUAUCUCCCAUGCAGCCAAAAUUGCAAUUUUUUCUCUUUUUACUGUAAAUGUUUUUGUCUAGGACAAGAAAAGGUGGUAUUUAAUAUUACUAUUUCUGGACAUGGUAUACAUGUACAGUAUAUCAUAUGAGUGUAAUAUAAGAUUAAUUUAAUUAUUUCUGACUUUCUUAAUAAAAUAAAACGCAUUUUAGCAUUUGUAUACUUUUUGAUUGGUUUGUUGCAUGUUUGUUUUACACUAAAUAAUUUAGAUCACUGGGGAUAGGGAUAGCAUGACAUGAGACUCAUAAAACUUACAAGAGGCUCAAGCAAGAAAAGUUAAUGUUUAAUUUUACAUGAAGAUUCUAUCGAUACAUCUGACAUCAAAGUCCACAAAUGACACGGUUUCCUCAUUCUACGGCUGUUUAAGAAGUAAUGAGUGAUCUAUAAGUGUGAUUCAAUGAUGAAUUUCCCUGAAACCAUGAAUAGAUACAUUCAUUUGGUGUAUGAUUUUAGAGAUUUUAGACAUUUAAAAUUGUAGAAAGUAAAUGUGAAUAGAAUCAUCUUGAAUAAUGAAAUAAAAUGCAUUGAGCGUGAAUGGUAUGUGUAAAUCUAAAGGCCUGCAGAUACGGCUCUCCUGUUUUUGCCAAGUAGUUGAUGUCCUUAGGGCAACAUCACGUUGACCCUGGGAUAACAUUUAUAUCAACCAAUCAGAUUUCAGAAAUAAGUUUACAGUUUAUUUUAAAUUUAAUCUUCCAACCAGGA